AUGGCUCCUCUACGCUGCAGGCGGGACCCCUGCGGCGUUAUCUGUCUUAUUCUAACUUAUUUCAGCGUGUUUUACGCGGACUACGUGGUCAUACAGUAUGUCCUCAUCCCCGCCUACUCGGACAGUGUUUGGUGUACUCUACAUGGAUCAGUGUUCAACCUGAUUCUGCUGCUGCUGCUGGCCUGCCACUCCAAAGCUGUCUUCUCAGACCCAGGUAUGGUGCCUCUUCCUGACACAGCCAUAGACUUCUCAGACCUUCGCUCCCAGUCGUCUCGGAUGAACGAGCGGGGCUGUGAGGGCUGGACGGUGUGCAGUCGCUGUGAAACCUACAGACCUCCCAGAGCGCAUCACUGCCGCGUCUGCCAGAGGUGUAUACGCCGCAUGGACCACCACUGUCCCUGGAUUAAUAACUGCGUAGGAGAGCUAAACCAGAAGUAUUUUAUCCAGUUUCUUUUUUACACAGGCAUGGCCAGUCUGUACUCCAUGGUGCUGGUGGUGUCAGCCUGGGUGUGGCGGAUAAGGAACGAGAGAGACGGCGAUGCGGAAAAGGAAGGAGAAGAGACGCCCAGCAAGCACCUGAUAGUUGCUCACUACAUCAUCCUCUUGGUGGAGUCGGUGUUGUUUGGCGUGUUUGUCAUGGUCAUUUUCUACGAUCAGUUGGUCUCCAUAAUCACGGACGAGACCCCAAUUGAACAGAUGAGGAACAGGCUGAUGAUAAAGGACAAAGGUUCUUCCUCCUCCUCCUCUUCUUCCUCUUCCUCGCAACCACCUCACCAUCUGACGCACACCCGCAAGCCAAAGCUGGCUCUGCUGCGGGAGGUUUUUGGAAGAGGUUCGGUCUUUUGCUGGCUUCUUCCUCUCCACUCCAGCCCUCCGUCGGUUGGCGGCAUCAGCUACUCCGCCCUGCCCGACUACAAUGUCUGACCUUUGACCUGUGAGAGCGAGACGAGGCGAGGAAGGAUUUCGUGCGUAUUUGUGAUAGAGAGAGAGAGAGAGAGAUUGAGUUUUCUGCCUAACUAUAAUGUCAUAUCUUUGGACCUGAGAGAUGAAGAGGAAGGAGUAUGAAGGCCGAGAUGGAAAUGAAUGAACAUGAAUGAAUGUGUGUGUGUGCGUGUAUAAGAUGGAUGAAUGAAUAACUGUAUAAUGAGUGUGUGGGAGGUUUUUUCUCCCAAGGACCUAAAAAAAAAAAAAAAGUCUCAGACCCUUAGACUCAUGAAAACAUAUUUCCUUUUAUAAGGGAAUAGCACUGAUGGUCUCAAUCUGUAGUUUAACUACCAGCUUUCUUUGUUUAUUCGGACAAACGUGGAGGUUUCGACCCCCUGUGGACACUGGGGUUUGACAGAUAUGGGUGUUUCAAGGUUGAUGUGGACAGUUUUACACUAAAGCUGCUAGUACCAGAUGUAUUGACCAACUUAAAAUUUGACUAUU